AAUUUAGCCAAAAUUGGGGAUCCAAUUAUAACAGGAGAAUAGGUGAGGGGGUCUUUAGCUCUUUAUCCAUACCCACAUUUGAGAUAUUUGAGACCCCUCUCUCUCUCUAUCUCCUCCCCCGCUCCUUUGUGCGAUCUCGGAUUCAUGGGUGCUUAUCGCAUUUCGGAGGUGUGGAGGAGUCAGGUUUGAUUUCUCAUUUGCAUGGUUUGUUGCUUAACAAUGUUCGAGCCUUCUACUUGAUUAUGCCCAAUUCAUACUUGAGGAGGGAUUGCACUUCAAAAUAUUCUUUGCCAAUGGACGAAGUAAAGUUCCCGUUAUUUCAUAGAACACGAGCAAUUAGCCAAAUGUGCAAUAUCUCAAGCUACACUACUGAAUUGCUUGAGAUAAACUCUAAGGAACCGCUAAUGCAAAUACUUUUUAUCCCUGGCAAUCCAGGUAUUGUUUCCUUCUACAGAGACUUUGUUGAAGCUCUCUAUGAAAACCUUGAAGGGCAUGCAUCUAUAACAGCAAUUGGGCACAUUUCACAAGGGGGAAAGGAUUUGGAGCGGAGAAAGAUGUUUUCCUUGCAAGAACAAAUUAGUCAUAAGGUUGAUUAUAUUGAACAAGAGCUCCGAACUUGUCAACUUCCGAUAGUAUUGGUCGGGCAUUCUAUUGGUUCAUAUAUAUGCCUGGAAAUCUUUAAGAGACUUCAACAUCAGGUCAAAUAUUUCAUAGGGCUUUAUCCAUUUUUGACUCUAAACAAGGAAUCUCAGACACAAGCCCUAAUCGGAAAGAUUGCAGGGUCCGCUAUUAUUAGUGCGGCCGUUAGUUCUUUUGCAUCUUUGGUGGGUUCACUUCCAACUAGGGUUUCAAGGGUAAUUGUGAGAAGAUUUCUAGGCCCAUCAUGGUCUACUACAGCUAUUGAUGCUACUUGCAAACACCUUUUGCAGUACCAUACGAUGCGCAACGUCCUCUUCAUGGCAAUGACUGAGUUCAGAAAGCUUUCGGAAGAUCCAGAUUGGGAGUUCAUGAAAAGAAAACAAAGCCAAAUUGCGCUUUUAUUUGGCGUCGAUGAUCAUUGGGGUCCGUUAUCUGUUUUUGAAGAGGUUUCGACGCGUGUUCCAGGAAUCGCUCUGUCGAUUGAAAGAGAGGGUCACACGCACGGCUGCUGCUGCACCGAGGCCGGAUCUAUAUGGGUUGCGCACCAUGUCUCGAACUUGAUCAAAAAUCAAAUUCAAAUUCGAAACUUAUAAUCUUUUUUCCUUUUGUUUCUUUUUGGUGCCAUUUUAAUUAUUUCAAAUUGGAAACUACAUGCUGUUUCUUUACAUCAUUUGUUGUGGCAACAAUUCAUUGUUAAAUUAAAAACCUUCUCAAAAUAAACAUUUGAUGUAAAAUUACAGUAAUACAUAGGCUCAGUAUUUUUGUAUUAUUGGUAUUA